CCAUAUAAAUAAGUAUAACCCAAGAGCCAAGAUGCAUGAUUUGAGCAAGUUGUGGUCCGUACAUUUAUAUCACUAUCUAAUAACCAAGUUCAAUUUUACUAAGAAUACUCAGAUACACUGGAUUAUUUUCUAAUACACCACAAUACUAGACUAUCUGGCCUAUUUAUACACGGCUACCAUUCGCCACAAUUCUCACAAAAGUAUCACCCUUCCUCACCAAGGAAACCCAAACCAAAAAACACUCAAAACAUGGCUUCCUUCGCCAGUUUCACCGCUCCAUCCGCCGCCACGGCCGCCGCUUACCCCAAAACCCCGCAACUCUCCGCCGCAACCAAACCACCAACCCACAUUACCCACCACUACUCCUCCCCAGCCGGCCACCGCCGCAGGACCAGGCAACCACUCCACAUCACCUGCGACUCCACCGCACCAAACAACACCCCCGUCCCAGACAACCCCUCCUCCCCCACCUCCCGCCGCGACCUCCUCCUCGGCCUCGGCGCCGGAGCCACCACCGCCCUCACCCUCGACCCCUUCUCCGCCGCCCUGGCCCGGCCCGUCCGCGGGCCCAGCAUCGAGGCCUGCGUCCGCGCCACAGCUGGCGACCAGACAUUCGCGUGCUGCCCCCCGUCCUUCGCCGGGGUGGACAUCAUGGACUUCCAGCUCCCCUCCGCCUCGGAGCCCGUCCGGAUCCGCCGGCCCGCCCACCUCGCGGGCCUGGACCCGGUCUGGCUCGACAAGUACAAGCGGGCCAUCAAGGCCAUGCGGUGCCUCCCCAACGACGACCCGCGCAGCUACAUCCAGCAGGCCCGGGUCCACUGCGCCUACUGCAACGGCGCCUACGUCCAGGCCGACGACACCAACAAAGGCCUCCAGAUCCACUACUCCUGGCUCUUCCUCCCUUUCCACCGCUACUACAUCUACUUCUACGAGCGCAUCCUCGGGAAGCUCAUCGACGACCCGACUUUCGCGCUCCCCUUCUGGAACUGGGACCACGAGGACGGCAUGCCCAUCGCCGACAUGUUUAAAGACACCGAGUCGCCCCUCUACGACCCGCUCCGCAACCCGGCCCACCAGCUGCCCACUUCCUUGCUCGAUCUGGACUACAACAAGAGGCAGCCCGCGGUCCGGACCAAGGAGGAGCAGGUUCGGGUCAACUACGCCGUGGUGUACAACAACAUGGUGUCCGGUGCGAAGCGGAGGCUGGAGUUCUUCGGGGCAAAGUACCGGACCGGGAGUGCGGUGCCCGUGAGGCAGUCUUCCGGGUCGUGUGAGAAUCUCCACAACCCGGCCCAUAUCUGGGUCGGGGAUUCCAGCCGGGCCCUUGGGGAGGACAUGGGUAAUUUUUAUUCGUCGGGGCGGGACCCGCUGUUCUAUGUUCACCAUGGGAAUGUGGAUCGGCUGUGGAACGUGUGGAAAACGAUUGGGAAGUUCCGGUUCGACUUCGAUGAUUAUGACUAUCUGAACGCGUCGUUCCUGUUUUACGACGAGAAUGCCAAACCGGUUCGGGUCAAGGUCAAGGACUGUCUGGACAACAAACUCAUGAGGUACGACUACGAGGAGCGCCCCCUCCCAUGGAGGAACUUCCAGAAAACCCCGGCCAGUUCCGCCACCGUAGCCAACAUUUUCGGCGGCGAGAAGACGGCCAACGCGGCGGAGGCUCCGGCCGUGGAGCUGACCCCGCUGACCGAGUUCCCGCUGGCGCUGGACUCGGUGGUGAGCGUGUCGGUGGCUCGGCCGAAGAAGUCGAGGACCGCGGCGGAGAAGGAAGCCCAGAGCGAGGUCCUGGUGGUGUACGGGAUCGAGCUGCAGGGCGACAAGGUGGUCAAGUUCGACGUGGUGGUCAACGACGACCCGGCCAACCCUAGCGGGCCCGACAAGUUCGAGUACGCCGGCAGCUUCCUCAACGUGCCUCACGACUCCAUGAAGUUCGCGACCAACCUCAGGCUGGAUAUUACCGAUCUGGUGGGCGACAUCGGAGCUGAUGACGACGAUGAGCUUGUGGUGACGUUGGUGCCUAGGGUUGCCGAUGGGCCGGUGACCAUUGCCGGAGUCAGGAUUGAGCUCCAGAAUUAGAGCUCUGAUGAGGUGGAUUAGUACUACUAUACUAUGUGGCUCUUGAUGGGUUGUGGGGUUAAUUAAAGUAGUGUGAGCUUAAUUAAGUAGGGUUCGGCUUAUUAUUAAAAUAAUGAACCUACUUAAGUCUCAUUGUCCCCAAUCUUAUUGGGUUGAAUUAAGCGGUCUAGCUUUUAAUGUAGUUUGGUUUGCAUUGAAUGAAGAGGAGACGGAGUACUGUGGCAAGUUCCUUAUAUUUUAAGUUGAGACAUGAGAGUAGUUUCCAUCUUUGAAAAAAGCAUUAUAUUUCUACAAAAAAAAAGAGCAUUACAAGG